CCGCCGGGAGGGAGCGGGCGGGCGCGGCGGUAGGCUGCGGCGGAGGAGGCGAGGCGCCGGCGGCGAGGACAGACUGGGCCGCUGAAAUAGCACUCCCUCCCUCCCUCCCCCUAACCCGCCAGCUCGGGGCGGGGUAAAGUUAAGUUGUGUAGAACAGAGUUAAAUCUUGUAGCACUGCAGAGGUGUCCGGAUUUGGCGGGCGUGUGGUGUCUUUAAGAGUCUCGCCUGCUGGGCUCUGAGAGGUAUUCCUGAGCUUGGGCCGCUAGGCUGGUCCGUCGUGGUGCUUGGUUUGAUUUCUCUCACUUGGUGGCUUCUUGUGUGUGCAGAGCUGUCCUUGGGCUGGUGGGAGGAGUCUCCGGGCGCUCGUUCCUUUCUGCUUUGAUCCCUUGUCACUGCGACGGGUUCCUGGCACAGAUACCCGGGCACCGAAAGGUACCUUGUAUGUCGUGGACCUGUCUAAUGGAAGGUGCGGUUGUCUGAAACCUAGUCACCAGUCUAGUUCAGUUCCCUGUGAUCUCAAAACACAAUUGUUUCAACAGGCGCCUGAUAGUCUUGAGUUCAUCUUCUUGGUGUACUGGUAUGUGACAGUCUGUUCCUUCGCUUAUUGUUACUGAUUCUCUUUUCCACUUUCUGUGAGGUCACGUUGUGUUGCCCCAGGAAGUCCACUCUAAUUAAGGCCAGCAUUAUCAUUUUCUUAAUGUUAUUGGAAUUAUAUUGUUUAACUUAAUCUUUGUAGUUUAGAAUUCAAGACAACUCUUCAAGAAAGAAUCUGAUAAUUCAUAUUUUAAAGGUGUACCAACUGUUGGUGAGUUAAGCAUUCUAGUGGGUAUGGAAUUAGUACUCUCGCUCCCAGUUUUCUAGAAUCUAUUAAGUGGCAGGCAGUUACACCGAGAAUAGCUUAUUUUCUAUGUGUGUAUUAGUCUUCUAUUGCUACCAUAACAAAUUACUACAAACUUGCCAGUUUAAACAACACAAAUUUAUUACCUCACAGCCUCUAUUGAUCUGAAGUCUGGGUGGGUUUGGCUGAGUACUCUGCUUAGAAUUUAACAGUGCUGAAAUUAAGAUUUCUGUAGGUCUGGGUUGUUUUCUGGAGGCUCUGAGGGAGAAUCUACUUCCAGGCUCAUUCAGGUUAUUGGUAGAGUUCAGUUCCCAAACGUGUAGGUGUAGGAAGGAGGACUGCAUGUCAGCUGGGGGCAUUCUCAGUUCUUUAAGACCACCUGCAUCUUCAAAGCCAGCAACAGCCCCAGGAAUCUUUUCAUGCUUUAAAACAGACUUGUCUUCUGCCACCAAUCAGAGAAAGCUAAAGCUCUCUGGUCCUAAGGACUCAAGUUGUUAGAUUAGAUCCACCUGGAUAAUAUCGCUAUUUUAAGUUUCCCUAUUGUGAUUGUAUCAUGGAAAACCAAUUGGCUAAAUCAACUGAAGAACGAACAUUUCAGUACCAGGAUACACUUCCAUCCCUGCCUGUUCCUUCACUUGAAGAAUCAUUAAAAAAAUACCUUGAAUCAGUAAAGCCAUUUGCAAAUGAAGAAGAAUACAAGAAAACUGAUGAAAUAGUUCAAAAAUUUCAAAAUGGAAUUGGAGAAAAACUGCACCAGAAAUUACUUGAAAAGGCAAAAGGAAAAAGAAAUUGGCUAGAAGAGUGGUGGCUGAAUGUUGCCUAUCUGGAUGUUCGUAUACCAUCACAACUGAAUGUCAACUUUGCGGGUCCUGCAGCCCAUUUUGAACACUACUGGCCUCCAAAGGAAGGCACUCAAUUAGAAAGAGGAAGUAUAAUUCUUUGGCAUAACUUGAACUACUGGCAGCUAUUAAGAAAAGAAAAAGUGCCUGUUCAUAAAGUUGGAAAUACUCCUCUAGAUAUGAAUCAAUUCCGAAUGCUGUUUUCUACUUGCAAGAUUCCAGGAAUUACCAGAGAUUCAAUUAUGAGUUAUUUUAGAACUGAGAGUGAAGGCCGUUCCCCAAAUCACAUUGCAGUGCUGUGUCGAGGCCGAGUUUUUGUCUUUGAUGUAAUACAUGAAGGAUGUUUGAUGACCCCACCAGAGCUUCUCAGACAGUUGACAUACAUCCACAAGAAGUGCCAUAGUGAACCUGAUGGACCUGGGAUAGCAGCAUUAACUAGCGAGGAGCGAACUCGGUGGGCUAAGGCACGAGAGUAUCUGAUUAGUCUUGAUCCAGAGAACCUCAUUUCAUUAGAAAAAAUUCAGAGCAGUUUACUGGUAUAUUCCAUAGAGGAUAGCAGUCCAUAUGUAACACCAGAAGAUUAUUCUCAGAUAACUGCAAUGGCCCUUAUUGGAGAUCCAACAGUACGCUGGGGUGACAAAUCCUAUAACUUGAUUUCAUUUUCUAAUGGAGUAUUUGGUAGUAGUUGUGAUCAUGCUCCUUUUGAUGCAAUGGUUUUGGUGAAUAUCAGCUAUUAUGUGGAUGAGAACAUUUUUGAGAAUGAAGGAAGAUGGAAGGGUUCAGAAAAAGUACGGGACAUACCACUUCCAGAGGAGCUUGUUUUCACUGUGGAUGAGAAAGUAUUAAAUGACAUCAACCAGGCUAAAGCCCAGUAUCUCAAAGAGGCAUCUGAUCUACAAAUUGUGGCACAUGCUUUUACAUCUUUUGGCAAAAAGCUGACCAAGAAGCAGCAGCUUCACCCUGAUACAUUUAUUCAGCUUGCACUUCAGCUGGCCUAUUACAGACUUCAUGGACGCCCUGGUUGUUGCUAUGAAACAGCUAUGACAAGAUAUUUUUAUCAUGGCCGUACAGAGACUAUGCGAUCAUGUACACUAGAAGCAGUCAGGUGGUGUCAGUCUAUGCAGGAUCCUUCUACUAGCCUUCAUGAACAGCAGCAAAAGAUGUUACAAGCUUUUACAAAGCAUAAUAAAUUGAUGAAAGAUUGUUCAGCCGGAAAAGGAUUUGACCGUCACCUUUUAGGUCUCUUACUCAUAGCAAAAGAGGAAGGUCUCCCGGUUCCUGAACUCUUUACAGACCCACUUUUUUCCAAAAGUGGAGGAGGUGGAAAUUUUGUUCUCUCAACAAGUCUGGUUGGUUAUUUACGAGUCCAGGGAGUGGUGGUUCCCAUGGUACACAACGGAUAUGGAUUUUUCUACCACAUCAGAGAUGACAGGUUUGUUGUGGCCUGUACAGCCUGGAAAUCAUGUCCGGAGACUGAUGCAGAAAAGCUAGUUCAGCUGACCUUUCAUGCUUUCCAUGAUAUGAUACAGCUGAUGACCACUGCUCAUCUUUAGACACUAAUUUAUUAAUCACUUACCAAAAUAUAUCAUUAAACUGGGUGCUGGGAGUGGGUUGAUGAUAUGAGAUGGGAAGGAAUGUUGACUUGUUAACAUUACUUUAACAAGUUAAAGGAAACUUGUUAAUUGUAGGAAUUAGUGGAAUCAUGCUCUCUAAAUUGAUUCUGCCAUAGAAGGUAGAAAUAUUUUUAAGCUUCCUAUGAUGCAACAUCAAUGCAAAUCAAAAUAUAUUGAAUAUAGAACUAUGCACUGUUUAUGCCUCAACAAUGCAAACCUACACAUUUUAAUAAUGCAAGUCUUACUCUAAUUUUUAAAUGUUUUGUUGGUACUUGUAUAGGUUAUAAAUCCUCUCUGAACAUCAUUGUAGAGUUCAUAUUCGAGCACUUUAACGUUUUCUAAUUGCCAAAGGGUAUGAAAAUACACUAUUGGAUGCUAAUUUCCCCGAAAUCAAUGACUGCUAUAUUUACUGCAGGGAUACAAGCCUAUUAUGUUUGAUGGGAAAGACCACUAUAUAAUACUUUUGGACAGAAAAAUUAGGUUAUAGGGAGACUGACACCCUCUAAUGAAUAUAAAAAACUCUAAUAAUCCAGUAUAGAAUACUGUUGCAAUUAGUUUUGUGCAGGGGUCCUCAAACUUUUUAAAUGGGGCCAGUUCACUGUCCCUCAGACCGUUGGAGUGCCAGACUAUAGUU